UCUCUCUCUCUCUCUCUCUCUCUCCCUCUCCUCUCUGUGUGUGUCUCUCCGAUCACCACCGCUUCUUCUUCGCCAAGUUUACCGAGGUAAAAAUGGCUGGAAAUGGAGGAGGGCCGGCGAUCGGGAUUGAUCUCGGAACGACUUACUCGUGCGUGGGGGUUUGGCAGCAUGAUCGUAUUGAGAUUAUAGCAAAUGAUCAAGGAAACAGGACGACACCAUCUUAUGUUGCAUUCACAGAUACGCAGCGUUUGCUCGGCGACGCUGCGAAGAAUCAAGUCGCUGUGAAUCCUACCAACACUGUUUUCGAUGCUAAGCGUCUUAUCGGAAGAAGAUAUAGCGACGCCACUGUUCAGAGUGACAUGAAACUAUGGCCAUUCAAAGUCACAUCGGGUCCAAACGACAAACCUAUGAUAGGAGUAACAUACAAGUACAAAGAGAAACAAUUUUCCGCCGAAGAAAUCUCCUCAAUGGUCCUCUUGAAAAUGAGAGAAAUUGCAGAGGAUUACCUAGGUACCACCAUCAACAAUGCCGUUGUCACUGUCCCUGCCUAUUUCAACGAUUCUCAGAGACAAGCCACCAAAGACGCUGGAGUCAUUGCGGGUCUCCACAUCAUGCGGAUAAUCAACGAGCCAACUGCAGCCGCCAUCGCUUAUGGUUUUGACAACAAAGCCAGUAUCACCGAUGAGAAAAAUGUGCUCGUAUUCGAUCUCGGGGGUGGAACAUUGGACGUCUCCCUAUUAACCGUUGAAGAGGGUAAAUUCAAGGUUAAAGCUACGUGUGGGGAUACCCAUUUGGGGGGUGAGGACUUCGAUAACAGAAUGGUGAACCAUUUUGUGGAGCGAUUCAAGAUGAAGCAUAAGAAGGAUAUUAGUGGGAACCCAAGAGCUUUAAGGAGGUUGAGGACUUCUUGUGAAAGAGCCAAGAGGACUCUUUCGUCGACAGCUGAAACUACGAUCGAGAUCGCUGCGUUAGACGAGGGGAUUGAUUUUUGCGCGACAAUUACUCGGGCCAGGUUCGAGGAGCUGAACAUCGAUUUGUUUAGAAAAUGUAUGGAGCCAGUGGAGGAGUGUUUGAGGGAUGCCAAAAUGGACAAGAUAAGUGUUGACGACAUUGUACUUGUUGGAGGGUCCACUAGGAUUCCCAAGGUCCGACAAUUGGUUCAGGAUUUCUUUAAUGGGAAGGCGCUUUGCAAAAAUAUUAACCCUGAUGAGGCUGUGGCUUAUGGUGCUGCGGUUCAGGCUGCGAUUUUGAGUGGUGAGCGGAAUGAGAAGUUUCAGGAUUUAUUAGUACUGCUGUUGGAUGUCACUCCGCUUUCCCUUGGUACAGAAACUCAAGGUGGGAUUAUGAGUGUUUUGAUUCCAAAAAACACCACCAUUCCGACGAAGAAAGAGGAGGUUUUCCAUACCAUCUUUGAUAAUCAAACCAGGAUGGGGGUCGAAGUCUAUGAGGGGGAAAGAAUGCAAACCAGAGACAACAACUUGUUGGGCAAAUUCAUGUUUGAUGGAAUUCCUCCGGCUCCUGGGGGUGUCCCGAAAAUCAAUAUCUGUUUUGAUAUCGAUGAGAAUGGUAUUCUGAAUGCUUCUGCAGAGGACAAAACUACUGGACAGAAGAAGAAAAUUACGAUCACAAGGGGUAGGUUGUCAAAGGAGGAGAUUAAGAAAAUGGUGCAUGAAGCUGAGAAGUACAAGUUAGAAGACAAGGAGUACAAGAAGAAAGUGGAUGCGAAGAAUAGGUUAGAGAAUUACGCUUAUAAAAUGAGGAACACUGUUAGGGAUGAGAAGAAUGGAGCGAAGAUUUCUUCACCUGACGAGGAGAAGAUUGAAGCUUCAUUUAAGCAGGUUAUUCAGUGGUUGGAUGGGAACGAGCACGCGGAUACGGAGGAGUUUGAGUAUAAGAUGAAGGAAUUGGAGAGAAUUUGCAACUCUGUAGGAGUAAUUGUUAAGAUAUACUAGGGUGCAGGUGGUGCUAUGGGUGGAGGAAUGGACGAGGAUGGUCCUUCUUUUGGUGGUGGAAGCGGUGCUAGAUUAAGUUGAUUAUGAUGUUCUGUUCUACAGUUUUGAGGAUUUCGGUUGUCCUCCGCAAACUAUUACUAUGUAGUAAUGCACUUGGGUAUUUACCUUCCGUAUUUUUUUGGUUUUGGAUUUUUGGUUUUGCUUCAUGCAAAACUAUUUUCGCAUCUUUACUAUGUUAUUGCCUGAAACUAGAUGGUGAAAGUGUUUGAGUGAAGGUGUUAAUCCUCAUUUGUGUUUGCUUGUUAAAA